AUGUCGUUCAAUUUUGGUGACGCUAGUGCCGGCAGUUCAAGCUUUUCAUUUGGUAGCACUUCCUCAGGUCCUUCUACAUCUACAACAUCUUCCACAGCUCCUUCUAGUGGCUUUAGUUUUGGUGCAACGUCCACUGCGCUCCCCGCAACAUCCUCAGGUUUUAGCUUUGGUGCAACGUCUUCAGUCUCUCCACCGACGUCUACAGGUUUAAGCUUUGGUCCAACAUCUACUGCCACUCCGGCUACAUCCAAAAGCUCUAGUUUUGGUGCAACUUUGACGUCUACAACCUCUUCUAUAGCCUCAAGCAGCACUCCUACAAUUCCAGCAGUUUCUUCAACUUUUAGCUUUGGCGCAGCUUCUAAGCCCGAUGCUACUACGUCCAGUACUGGGGAUUCAACAGGUUCAGGGUUUAGCUUUGGUGCCAAGGUGCCAGAAGGAGAAGCUAAGCUGACGACGACAUCGGGUUUUGGCUUCGGUGCGGCUUCGACGGAAGCCAAGCCGACAGCUCCUGCCUCGUCCGGGUUUUCCUUUGGUGCGAAGCCUUGUGCUGCUGAAGCAAAAUCUGGACUAGACGACGACGAAUCGGGUUUUGGCUUCGGUGCGGCUUCGACGGAAGCCAAACCGACAGCUCCUGCCUCGUCCGGGUUUUCCUUUGCUUUGGUGCAGCGAGUUCAGAUGCAGCUAAACCUGCGCAGGCGAAGCCUGCACCAACCGGGUUUUCAUUCGGUGGAGCGAGUACAGACGCGCUUGCUACUGCCAACAGCAAGUCCGAGACGACGACGACUUCGUAUGGGUUUGGAACGUCUACGUUAUCUACGGGUGGUACUGGAAUCGCGAACACAGCCACGUCUACUGCAACGACAACGGCUAUUACAGCUCCAGUUACGGAGACCGAAAAGCCCCCCCGCUGAGUACAUGGGCCGAACGAUUGAGGAUAUUAUAAAUGCGUGGAGUGAGCAGUUGGAGCGUAAUGCCGACACUUUUACGACAGAGGCCGUUAAAGUGAGCAAAUGGGAUAGUGACCUUAUGGACAGUCAAAGAAAGCUGGGCGAUAUUGCUGGGGACGUGCGACGUAUCCAAGUGGCUCAGAACGAGUUGGAUACAAACCUUGAUACGAUCUUUGCGUACCAGAUGGAGCUGAAAUCAACGCUUGAGCAAUUGGAGAAGAGCGUAGACAAGAUGUACGAGUCACAAGAUCAGAUGCCAGUGGCGGCGGACAUUGAGCGCGAGCAGACGCUACAGCUGUCGGUGGACAUCGAUGACCAGUUGAACUCGAUGGCAACGACGCUGAAAGAGACGGUUGAGAAAUUAAACAAGGCUCAGGACGACGUGGCAGACGACAGCAAUCCAAUGGUGCAGAUCAUGAAGGUGCUUAAUGUACACCACAACUCGCUGCAGUGGAUUGAAGGUACAUCUGGCCGGAUCAGCAGUGAAAUUGCUCAGUUAUCACGUAAACUGCAGAACACAUCGAUUUGA